AUGCUCAGUUCCGGUGGCAGAAUUGACCUAAGCAUUGCCGGCGCCGAGUCCGCUAUUGGCUGGGUUUUCACGAAGUCACCCUGCGCUACAGCAUUGCAGAUGCAGGCAAAAUACGGCAUUACGCUCGCUUUUGGCGCCUUCGACCAUCUUGUCGAACACAAUGAAUUGUUUGAACAAAUGGAUUUCAAGGCACUCUUUCAUACUUCCAAGCGGCGAUGGUGCAUUUCUAAUUCUGUUCUUGCGAAAGAAGGCUUCCCGCCUGCCCUGGUUGAUGAAAUCGAAACGGUCGACGGCCUCAUCGAGCGCACGGAAAUGAUCAGUGGUCAUGUCUUCAAGAACAAGCUGUUAUGUGCAGAAGCCUUGCAGGCAACUCUACCCGACUGCCUCCUUCGCGUCGCGGGUGUUGUCCAUCGCGUCGAUAAGAACCAGGCUCUCUCAUUAGUCGGAGACGCUGCCAUGGACGCGGUAUUGGCCAAGAUGUUUUACCAGGCGCGUGACUACCGCGGCAAGCGUCACCUCCUUUCAGCUUGGACUGAUAUGAAGCACAAUUUGGUCAGCAAUACGGAACUCGCUGAUCGUGGCCUCAGGCUCGGGCUGGAUCAAGUCAUAAUCCGCGGCUGGGCAAGAUCGGGCAGGGGGGUGGUUCGAAACACGGUGGCAGAUACCCUCGAGGCCAUUAUUGGAGCCAUUUACAUGGACGGCGAAGAUCAUUCAAGUGAGGUUGUUGCCCACGCACUUCAGCACAUGGGAUUCUUCGACCACCCUUUACUCGCCGGAUCAUCCGUUGUCCAGCCCAUGCUACCAUGCUCGCCUGAUUCUUCUCUAGACAAGUUUUGUAAGAUUGACGACACUGUGCCAGAGAAGAUGAGCAAGCCCAGAGGCUCUCUGGAUAAUUCCAAGGAUGAGGAUAAUCUUGAAUCUUCCCGUAGGGAAGUUCUAGAAAGUACACUGAAAAGACUAGAUGCUAUAUAUGCUUCAAGCAAAGGGCCAAGGAAAGCUAUUCUAGAUGAGCUAUACGGAGGAAGCCAGCCACAACAGACUCAGCAAGCACUAAAAAGUCGUUCAAGCAAUGAGGAUGUGCGCAGGGAGACAUACCGCGAUGCCGGCAUUGGGAAUAUCGUCACAGUCACAACGACCACGACCACGACCACGACCACGACAACAACCACUACGACCCGCCCAGGCGGUUCUACCACCGUAGAGCAGCCUCCGCAAGAAGGAACUUAA